UCCAUACCCAAACAGCAUUCCACAAGAGAAGAAGCUAAAACCCUAGCUAGCCUCAUCGAGAAAGAGCUUAACCCAUGGCUUCUUUUUGUGGCUUGAAGACCUUCACAUGCUUCGCUCUUGCACUUGCACUGUGUGUGCAGGCAGCACUUGGCGGGGUCACGUGUGAGCGACUCAACAAGAACACGUGUGCAUUUGCCGUGUCAUCGUCGGGCACACGCUGUGUGCUGGAGAAGCGUGUGAGCAAGGGAUGCGAGGAAUACACGUGUCGUGUAUCGGAGAUCGAGGCAGAGAAAUUAACGGACUGGAUUGAAACCGAUCGGUGCAUCGAGGCGUGUGGAGUUGAUAGAAACACGCUCGGGAUAUCAACUGAUUCUCUUUUGGAAUCUCAUUUCACAGAAAAGCUUUGCUCUUCACAGUGCUAUCAGAACUGCCCCAACAUCGUUGAUCUCUACUUCAAUCUUGCUGCUGGUGAAGGUGUAUUUCUACCGAAGCUUUGCGAAUCGCAAGGUGCGAAUGCUCGGCGGCAAAUGGCCGAGAUCCGAAGCUCUGGCAUUGUAGCGCCGGGACCUGGGUCGCCGGCAAAGGCUCUUGCCUAUGCUCCGGCUGGCUUGCCUGCGAAAUUCCUUGCAUACGCUCCGGCGACGGCACCAGUCUAAUCUUUCUUACGAUUUCAUGCAAUUCGUACCGGCAUGCAAGCGUUCCCAAACAUGAAUCGACUAUAUAUAGGUCACAAGGGUGAAGUGGUACUACCUGCAUGAGUGCAUGCAUGCACAUGCAAUGCACAUGCAAAUGUUUUUUGUUUUUUUUACCCUUUCAUGUAAUGAAGUGAAAUAACUUGGGACUGUGAUAUUUGGUAUUUUAAUAUGGAGUGGUAGUAUACAUAUCUUGUAAUCAGAUGUGUCUUGUUUGGACGUGAGUAAAAAUACGAUAAUGGCAGUUUG